AGGAAUCUAGUUCUCCUAAACUACUUAAAAGAAAUAAAAAUGCAAUCAGAACUAGCAUUUAUAAGCCAAAAAUACCAAAUUACGGGCCCUGCUCAAGAAAGAAAAAAAAAAAAAAAAAAAAAAACAAUAUAAAACAAUUAUUUUGAUCACAUUAGCUUCUUACCCAAUAACAAACCGCCACGUAUGACUUCGCUUGUUCGAUAAACAAUCUCUCUGCUCCAUAUAACUGAAUCAAAGACUUUCACACGAGAUCAAGGAAGAAAGAUCAAAACUCUUUCUUUCCUUUUUUUGUUGAAAAUCAAAUCUAAGAAAUGGGUAACGCGAUUAGGUUACUCCGGAAAUGCUUGAAUUCUCACGGCGUCUCCGCCUCUUCCGGCGGCGUCUCAGCUCUUUCUCGUGAUCUCUUAAACUUCGAGACCACUUCUCAGGUUCCUGAGAAGCUUGGGAGUUACGUUGUGUCUUCCCAAAAGGCUCAAGCAAACUGGUAUAGAAAAAUACUUGAGGCAUGGAAGCAAGCUAAGCCUCGGCCUAAAACUCCUGAGGAAGCCUCCAGGCUUGUUAUCGCGGCUCUAAAGAACCAUCAAAAAGCAGAUGUUGAGGGACUUUUGUCUUUCUAUGGACUACCUUCACCUCACAAUCUCGUUGAGGUCCCUACGGAAGCUCCUGUGUCUUUACCUAAAGGAGUUCGGUUUGAGCUUAACACGCUUCCGGUGGAUACAAAAUCUGUGGCAGAUGGUGAUACUGUUACUGUGUAUGUUAGUAGCAAAGACCCGCUUGUGUCAUCUUCUCUUCCUAAGGACGUGAGUCUUGCAGCGGUUAAAAGAGCCAAAGCGCGUGAGAAGAAGAAUUAUACUGAAGCAGAUGCACUUCACAAGACGAUCAUAGCUUCUGGUUACAGGAUGAUAAGUUUUCAGAAUGAGGAAGUGCUUGCUAAAAAGUUCAGAAUUAGACUAAGCGGAAUAGAUUCACCGGAGAGCAAAAUGCCGUAUGGAAAAGAGGCGCAUGAUGAGCUACUCAAGAUGGUUGAAGGGAAAUGCUUGAAGGUGUUAGUAUAUACAGAGGAUCGUUAUGGAAGAUGUGUAGGAGAUAUAUACUGCAAUGGAAAAUUUGUACAGGAAGUAAUGCUAAAGAAAGGUCUUGCUUGGCAUUAUGUAGCCUAUGACAAGCGUGCAGAGCUCGCAAAGUGGGAAAAUGAGGCUAGGCAAAAGCGCGUUGGCUUGUGGGCAUCUUCUAAUCCAGAGAAGCCAUGGGAGUGGAGAAAGAACAAACGUGGAGGCAAUUAAUGAUAACAAAACCAAUAAAAACAACAAUACAAUACUAUUCGAUUAUAUGAUUAUUGUGAAUUAAAGAACUUGUGAUCUGUUGUUGUAAUUGUAAGAGAAGUAUGUAUAUGUUUUAUGUAUUGACAAGUAUUUUUUUGGCAAUAGAGAAUUUCUCUUUGAACCUUGAGACAGAAGUUAGCUUAGUUGUUUCGUUUCUAAAUAUAAGGGUACAUAGUUUA